AUGAACGGAACAAAAAAUUUGGCACGGGACGGAGAGCUGCGAAUAUUUGAUGACCAGACAUGUUCCCCUUCUUUGGUCGGUGGAUUACGACAACAAUCAGUUUAUUUGUCAACAGCCAACAUUCUCCUAUCCCUCACAGCAUUUCUUGGAAAUUCUGUCAUCCUUGUUGCCCUUCAUAAGGAAUCUUGCCUUCAUCCGCCGUCCAAACUUUUGUAUCGAUGUCUGGCAACAACUGAUCUGUUGGUUGGCCUUCUAUGCCAGCCUCUCCAUGCUGCUUAUUGGAUGUCCGUCUCUUACGAGCACUGGAACCUUUGUAGAUUUGCAUAUGACACAUUCUCCGUAUCAGCCUAUGCAUUAUGUUCAGUGUCGUUGUUAACGAUGACGGCCAUAAGCGUGGACAGACUUCUCGCCUUGUUGUUAGGGCUAAGGUACAGAGAACUCGUAACUUUGAAACGUACUUAUAUCCUUGUAGCUACCUUUUGGGUGUUAUCUGGUUUCACUGCGUUAAGCUACCUUUUAGAUCACCGUAUAGCCACGUGGUUUGGCAUUUUAGUUAUACCAUCGUGCCUAUCCAUCUCACUGGUCUCGUACACAAAGAUUUUCCGCACGCUUAUUCAUCAUCAGGCUCAAGUACAAGAUCACGUCCAACAGCAGCCGAACCAACCAAACGCAUUGAACAUGGCGCAGUACAGGAAGGCAGUGUACAGUGCCGUGUGGGUGCAGUUAGCAUUAGUUGUUUGUUAUGUGCCAUUUAGUAUAGUGGAAACUGUGAUCGCUCUAAGUAAAACAUAUUCAUCACACCUAGUCAUCAACUGGGGUUUAGCAAUUGCGUUAAUCUAUUAUAACUCAACGUUAAACCCGUUUAUUUACUACUGGAGGAUUCGGGAAGUAAGGCGAGCGGUGAAGCAGACAAUCAGACGAGCACUUCACUUUUAA